AUGUAUCUCAUUACAAUUUAAGUAUUUUAAUAACUUUUUAUUUUUAGUUUAACCAAAUAGUUUAAACAUUUUCAUAGAAAUAUAUCCUCAUUAUCUCAUUAGAGAAUUAAUUAAUUCUUAUUGUUAAUUAAUUUAUUGCCUAACUAAGCAGAGAUAGUUCUUAAUUUGAAUAAGAGCCUUAUAUUUAACAAAUAAAAAAAAAAAUGAACAAUAAUUUAAUUUUAAAACAAAAACAAACUAAAAUAAGUAAUAAAAAUAGAUUUAAAGAAAUCCGAAAAUCUUUAACUCUACCUAAAUAUUUAAAUGAUGCUUUAAUUGGUAUUAUGCUUGGAGAUGGUUAUUUAUAUAGAAGUAGUUUAACUUCAAAUACAAGACUAGAAUGCUCACUUAAAGAAGCUAAUUUAGCUUAUGCUUUAUAUAUUUAUGCUUUGUUUAUUCACUAUAUUGGAAGUAAACCAAAUAUUUUAAAUACAGCUUCUAGUUCAGGUGAUAAAACUUACGGUUCUAUAAGAUUAAAGACAUUAUCAUUACCAGUUUUUAAUUAUUAUCAUGAUCUAUUUUAUUUUAGAGAUAGUAAUAAACAAAAAUGGAUUAAAAAAGUUCCAGAAAACAUAAAUGAUCUUAUGUCUCCAGUUGUUCUUGCUUUCUUAUUAAUGGGAGAUGGUAACUAUGAUAUAAAUCGAAAAAGAAUCAGAAUCUUUACUAAUAGUUUUACUCAUUCAGAAACUAUCUUAUUAGCAGAAGCUAUUAAAUAUAAAUUAAAUAUAAAUGCUUCUGUACUGUAUGAUAGGAAAGAUCAAUACAUAAUAACAAUCGGAGCUAAACAAAUAUCUUUACUACAAGAAUUAGUUUUAGAACAUUUUCAUCCUUCUAUGUUUUAUCGAAUUGGUUUACCUAAUAAAACUAUUUAAAUUUUAAAUAAUUAAAUUUGACUAAACUAAAGACCCCUAUUAAUUUUGAUU